UUUUUUUUUUUUCCUGUGCUUAUUUUUCCUAAUGAACCAAAAAUUUAACUCAAGGGCACGCCAAAUGAGAAUAUAAAUAGGUUUGCCCUAAAACAUGUCAUAUAAAUUCACCUGAAGCUGCAAACAAUAGAGAAUUGGUCCUUGCCUCAACAUCAACUUCUACUCAUCAAACCUUCCUUUUUGCAGGUCUCGUCUGAAAAAUAUGUGAGGGGAAACCCUCUUUUCAUGUGCAAGUUCUAGCUCCCCUCAACUUUAUUCGCAAGAUCAAGAUGGCUAUGCUGCUUAGUGAGGAUCUUUUGGUCCGUGAGAGUUGAAAAAUAUAAAUCUUCAUGAUUUACGUCCUCUGCAUCACUGGGCCAAAUGUGCUCCUCAGAACCCUCAAGGUUGUGAUUGGAUUUGGAUGUCACUUUCUUGUCAUUAUUCUUCUGGUUACGUGAUGGAUCGUCUUCAGUUGUUUUCGAAUGAUUCAUGUUUGAACAAAUGCCUGUUACGCUUUUAUCUUGUCUCUUGGCGGCUUCUUCAGGAUGAAAAGGAUGGAGGAACUGAACUUGCUAAUGAUGCCAUAUCCAAUCAACAAGUUGAAACUGAUGGUGGUCUUCAGUUAAAUGAGGACACCAUAUGCUCAGGGUCUAGUGAUGGAGGUGUUGAGCAUGAGAAGCCUACUACAAAAGAACAGGAGAUCAAAAUUGAAAGUGGUGCUGAGUUACAUCACCAGGCCAGAAGCACAUCUAACUGUGAUGGAGGAAGGACAACGUUUGAGAAUAAAAGCACAUUCAGACAAACGGUAAAAAAUGAAGGUGGAGCUGAGUUAAACGAUGAGGCUGAAGGGAUCGAGAAUGAGACAAGAAGCUCAAGGUUAAUAAAGACUGAGAACGACAAGGAACAAUUUCGAAUUUCAGAUGUAAUACGUGCUGUUUUUGGGGAUUCGGAUGACGAGCCAGCACAAUAUGGACUUGAGUAUGACACUGAUCAAGGCAAAAAGAAUUCUUUAUCUCCUGAACACAAAAUAUAUUGCGAGAGUGAUCUGGAGUCUGAAGGAUAUUGUAUCAUGUGAACAUACACAUUUUGUGCCUGAAGAAGAAGAAGAAGAAGAAGAAGAAGAAGAAGAAGAAGAAGAAGAAGAAGAAAAGGCUGAGGAUAAACUAGAGGGGCAGUCAAUCUGCAGGAUGCUGGUGCUGGAGUUUCCAAAACGCACUCCGCUUGCUGACCCAUCUCAGAUGGCAACAAGUGAACUCCCAAACAUAAUAGGAUUUGAUGAUAAACCAUUUGACCCAACAACAUACGUGGAGGAAGAUUUUUAUAUAAUAGAUGCUUCCGGAUCUGAAAGGCUUCUCCCCCCAACCAAUAUCAUUCAAUGGAGAAAUGUCGUAAACCUUGAUGGAACAACAUCUGUUGAAAGCAAUGGCCGCAUUGUGAAUUGGUCGGAUGGGAGCUUACAGUUGUUUAUUGGGAAUAAAGCAUUUGACGUAACGGAGGAAGACACAAAACAGAUCUUAUCACAUGCUCUCCUCUGGAAUGAGGGUAUCUACAAGUCUCUGGCGAGAAUCUCCAAAUCAGAGAAAGUUUCUUCGUCAUCCUUGGUGCCUGAUCCCGAUAGUUUGACUGUUCUUGUUGAUCAGGACACCAGACCUGUGCCCGAAACAGAGCAACUUCAGCAGGAUAAUUUGAAAAUAACUGAAGACGAUCCAUCACGUAACCAGAAGAAUAAGGACAAGAAAGUGACAUCCAAAUCCAAUCACAACCUUGAGGCAUCUGAGGAGCACAUUUGGCCCAGUGAUGCAGAUGACGUAAAUCAUGAGGGGCCAAAAGAUCCUCACUAAGCAGUACAGCCAUCUUGCGAAUAAAGUUGAGGGGAGUUAGAACUUGCACAUGAAAAGAGGGUUUCCCUUCACAUAUUUUUCAGACGAGACGUGCAAAAGAGGAAGGUUUGAUGAGUGGAAGUUGAUGCUGAGGUAAGGAACAGUUCUCUUAAUAAAAUACUGGAAGGAGCUUCUGUUGUUUCUGAAAGUUUAGUUUGGAUUAAUUUUAUAUAUGUUGCAUAAGAGCUUCUGGUGAAUUAAUGACUCAUGUUUUAGGGCAAACCUAUUUAUAUUUCUGUUUUAAGAUGUUA